UUAAACGCCGGAAGCGCAAUCAGAGUAGAACAGGAAGCGAAGAGGCUCUUUAACCAGACCUGACCAAGCAGAGAUUAUCUGCUUGCGUACUGAAUUUUUUUUGUAAGUGCGAGGAGUUUUUGAGGGGUCAGGAUGAGUCUGCAGUGGAUGGCAGUGGCCGCCUUCCUGUACACUGAGGUCUUCUUUGUUCUGCUGCUCUGUAUCCCCUUCAUCUCACCCAGGAGGUGGAAUAAGAUCUUCAAGUCUCGCAUCAUCCAGGCCAUUGCGCUCUAUGGAAACACUUGGUUCAUGGUGGCCAUCGCCAUCCUCGUCUUCCUGCUCAUUGAUGCAUUUCGUGAGGUGAGGAAGUACAGUGUGACAGAGAAGGUGGAUCUAGCCAAUAACCCAACAGCUGUCGAACACAUCCACAUGAAACUAUUCAGAGCUCAGAGGAAUGAGUACAUCGCUGGCUUCGCCCUGCUCCUCUGCCUGUUGCUGCGCCGUCUGGCCACACUACUCUCCCAGCAGGCCUCACUCAUGGCCUCCAAUGAAGCCUUCAAGAAGCAGGCGGAGGGCGCCAGCACCGCCGCCAAGAAGUACAUGGAGGAAAACGAGCUGCUGCAAGAGAAACUGCGGGACGCCGGUGUCGAGGUGCCAGAGGCCGGGAACAAGGGAGCAGGACCGCAGGAAGAGAACCAGAAUUUAAAAGCAGAGGUGAAGACCUUGAAGGAGGAGCUGGACACCACCAAGAAAGCUCUGCAGAAGUCGGAGAGUGACGUUCGUGCAAUGAAGAAACAGGCGGAGAACCUGACACUGGAGUACGACAGACUGCUGGACGAGCACAGCAAGCUGCUGGCGAGCAGUGACAAGAAAUCAGACUGAGAGGCACAAAGAUGUUUUCCAGCUUCUGGUCCUCAUCUUCACCAUAAUCAGCAGCUCCUGUAUCCACCUUGCCGUCCUGCUCAGCAGUGUGAUGUCACUUCCUUUGGUUCAGCUGACGUUCUCUGGCUGUGGCCGGUUCAUUAGACUGUCAAGAGCUUUAUCAGAAGAUUAAAAAAAAAAAACCACCGUUGGAAUUUGUUCUGUUUUUGUUUCCUUUUCACUUUGACUCUGCUGUGUCCUACAGUCAUCUUCUUUUGCAUCUUUUAAACAGCAUAGAGUUUUGACUUGGUUCAUGAAGUAGCUGACUUUUAAAUCAUGAUUUCUGUAGAAACAGAUGUUUAGUUCAACAGAACGCUUCAUAAAAAUAUUAAGAAAUGAAGCUCAGACUAAUGAUGUGCACCAAAAUCAAAAUGUCUUUUAAGAAUUGAAUCUUUCAGAAAUUGUCAGGUUGCAAAUUUAUUCUGAAUUCAAUGAGCCAAAUGUUAAAUUUGAAGUGACUGUUCACAUGUUUAAGGAUCAUAACUCAUACUUUAUGAAUGUUUGGACUUGCAGCUGAACGUGCACAUCACUGUAUGAACAAAACAUCUGCAUCUUGUCACCUUUUCUGUGAUUUGAUCAGGUAUUGAUUUGAAACGGUCAUAACUCUGAAAUGUGUUCGAGAGACAUUACAGUUCCUGAUCUUUGUUUUAGUGUCAAUUAACUACGUUAAACAAGUUAAAUACACUUGUGUGCACGCUGUUAUUCAUGCAUAUGGUGAACGAUCAGAGCAGAAAGAGUGACCAGAAGAAACCCCAGUGUUGUUUUGCUUGUUCUGCUCAGGCUUCUGCUGUUGUACCUGGUGUAAUACAGAUGCAGCAUGGAUUUAGCAUGUGUGUGUGAUUCCCCAGCAACCCCGUCCAGAGACCAGCAGCACCAGUAAGCAUGGUGUCCUCACCAUAAUGUUUGAGUCCAGACCCUGGUCCAGCUCAUCACUCUGUGUCGUAGACCUCCACUGUUGUCUCCCAGCUAUUAAACCAGUGAGCCACACCGCUGCCUUGGCGGGGGGGGCAGGUUUCCUCCUCAGGGAACACGAGGUCUGUCUGUUUCCAACAAAAGGCUCCUCAGACUGAGAACACUGUCACUGGCCUCUGCUCUGGUUGCUCCACCGGCUCCUCACUGCACUGAACGUGUUGGAUGCGUUAGUCUCUGGAUGGGAUUUGUGCAAAAUAACACACAUUCAAAAUCGGCUGCCUCAUGCUUUAACAGCACUGUCAAGUCAAGUUUGAGUGAACUUUUGCUUUGCUUGCGACUUUGUUGGUGAAUUCUGUUCAUAAGUAAACGGUUAAGAUUUGGUUGGAAAGGUUCGUGGCUGGGUGUUUGUUGCUUUGCUCUCCGCCAACCGACGGCUGUUAUGUAGUUGUGCCGCCCAUCGCUCGCCUGUUUCUGGCUCCAUGUUCACUGAACACGUGUGUCACUGUUCUCUGUUCAGCUCCAGGUUUCUGUGAAAGCAUGAAGGGUUGUUUGUCAGUCCACUCUGAGGUUUGCCAGGUGCUGCUGGUUUAUGAAGGAGCACACACAUUGGCAAGCUUGCAGCCAUUCGAGGGCUGUGUUGUAUUAGCAGCUGUUAAAUAAAUACACAGCCACUUGUCGGCCGCUCGCCCGGUUCAACUGUCCAACGCUUCAGUUUGCAUCAGCUUUUGUCUGUUUUUGUUGGGGCUGUUCCUGUAUUAUUCUAAUUCCAAGGUUUUUUUGUACUUUUCAUGGGCUUUUCUUGGCUAAUAAAAAUAUAGAACAGUA